UUACAAAUAGGAGAGAUAAAAGACCUCUUCAUAAUCCUUUUCAUUUAGCACUCAGGUAAACUCAUCUUGGACAAAUACAGCCCUCAGAUAUAUGGACAUAUUAUCAAAAUUAACAUGAAGUGUACUGCYGAGUUACCUAAUCCAAACGAAGAGAAGAUGAGCGGCCAUUGUGUUUUGUUAAAAGUGACAGGAAAGCAGAGUUGUUCAGCUGUCCCAUCAACUACUGCUCCUCCAGUAACUUCGACUUCUUCGACCACCACGAUACAAUCUCCAUCUUCUUCAACCCCAUCAACAUCCUCUUUGACGAGUUCAACAACGACGCAACCACGCAAUGUAGAUACAACGACAACUAGCAAUAAUGAACAACACUCGACCGGCACUCAACUAACAACGACAACCAGCAGUGAACGAGCAACGACAGCAAGCAACAAUGAAGGAACAACGACAACCAGAAUAACUGCAAACGAAAAGCCUACAACAAAUCCAUCGUCACGCGAGUCUUCUACAUCGCAAAACAUAAUGCAUACUUCUUCGACGAUUCGAGGCCUAACUGAAACUGUAGUGGAAUCUACGACUUCUGAGUAUAUAACAGACUCACCCAAUAACAUAGGAGGGGYAAAUGACGAUUCCGAGGACAACAGUGGUGUYGCAUUCAUUGGGGGUGUCGCCGGUGCAGCUGUUGUACUAGUAAUUAUUGUAGUUCUACUGAUUGCUAUAUUUCUAGGAAGAGAAAACAGACAUCCGCGAGUCAAACGAGAGUCCGUUACUCCGAUAGCAGAAAAUGCUUUUUACGAAACCACAAUGCCAAUCAAUGGGCAACUAAGAUCCGUACACAAUGAACAUCCRUUCGCUUUUUAUAACAACCACCYCGUUGUCAUCAAAGAUCAAAGUUACGAAGAAAUAACAGAUUCAAGUAUUGAUAAGGYCCAUAAUGGAAUCAUCGAGGUUGRCUUGGGUUCUCCACCAAACCACGGACUUCUCGUUUACGGYACACGAGAAGAUCCAAAUUACGACCACCUCUACAAUUCYCAUGAAACUUUCAAUGACCCCUCGAAUUCGUACAGCACACUUGAACGACCUGGCAAMCAGCGGUURGMACAAGUUUAUGUUAAUGUACUGGAAGACCCAAACUCUACUAGUGCCUCAGUAUACCRUGUACCCAAAGAGCCUAGUUCGAACGAGCACCAAGUACAUSRAAAUCGAGACCCUCACUUAUAUGGWUCYCUUGACAGUGAAGACCCUCGUGUAAAUGGCUUCCAUUCUUCCACCUCUAAAUCGGCUUCUGGGAGCGAUAUUUAUGACAUUGUCGGUAGCACUAUUGAAGGUCGAGAUACAUUGAAUUUCACAGAACUCAAUCAAGCAGGCCAGCAGUCGUCUGAUAUAUACCAGCCAUUACGUUAUCCAAGUGACACCCUUAUGGCCAUGAAGAACAUCAAAUGACUUAGUUCCAGGCCUAACUCAUCCUGUUUUUAGCGAACCCCAGAAAAACGAAACAAAAAAUGGCCUUUUUGCUGGAAUGCAAAAUAUUAGAUAUUUAUACGCUGUUGGGAUUUUCCAUUGUUACAAAACUGUGUUAGAGAAUAAAUGCAUUUGUUUUAGUUAGCUCGUAAGAGCGCUUCUAAGCAGUUAACAGCAUUUCAGACACGCUCACAUAGCUUYAUUACGUAGUUGCUGUACUUAUCUAGUACGACGAAGCAUCGAGCUUCAUCGAGCAUGAGCUUGGAAUCUAAAUAUGAUACACGAUGAUACACAAAACUUUCUUGUUUUAAUUUUUUACUUACCUUUAGUUGAGUGAAAGCUCUACGUACUAAUACUAAACCGUUAAACAGAUAUUUGUGUCAGUAAUGCACCUUGUAUUCUCUAGUCAAUUACUUUGACUUUGUGCUAGUUAAUCAAAAUUUAAUAUGUUUUCACGGACAUAUGCAGUAUUUAGCUUAAUUUGUUAUCUAUAUAUUUUGUAUUUCUAUAGUUCAAUAAAAUUUCUUCUAAUGGA